AUGGAGGUCUUGACAAACUUGGCAGAAACACCCAGCCGCACCAUAGCUCAUGGUCAUUUCCAACCACCCAUCGCUGGUAGUGAUUUUCACCACCGCAGCACCCACAGAGGAGAAAAGGAAAAGGCCCAGACUCGUCGACGCAUCCAGGAUGUAGCCGUCGUAGGAGCCGGAUACAGCGGCGUCGUGGCAGCAGCCCACCUCUCCCGCUACGGCUUCAACGUCCGCGUCUUUGAGCGGGGGUCCAACGUCGGCGGCAACUGGCUGUUCGACAGCCGCGUGCCCCAAGACCCGGCUUUUCCCAGCGACAGGCCCGAGACGCCGCUGCAGGACGUCAGUCACGCCCCGCCGGGCCCGUGCUACGCCGGACUCAAGAAUAACGUCCCGACGACGCUCAUGCGGAGCACCAUCGUGGACUGGCCCGCCGGCACGCCCGAGUUCGUCACACACCGCGAGGUGGAGGCUUACAUCGGCUCGAUAGUCGACGAGGCCGGGAUCGAGCCCCUGAUCGAGUUCAACACGGCGGUGCUGCAUGUCUGCAAGACGCCUGGUGGGAAAUGGCAAGUUCGGACCAAGGGGAUGAACGAUCGCGACGGCUUCCCCGAGAACGUGUGGACUUUUGACGCCGUGGUUGUUGCUUCGGGCCACUACCACGUGCCUCGUGUUCCUGACAUUCCCGGGUUGACUGCGUGGAAGGAACGGUUCCCACAAAGCAUCACGCACUCGAAACAGUACCGCGGACCGGAGACAUCUGGGUUCGCGGGCAAGAAUGUACUCAUUGUUGGUGCUGGUGUCUCCUCGCUGGAUAUCCUCAAGGAGACGGCUUCAGUUGCGAACAAGGUUUACCAGUCCUCGCGAGGGGGCGUGUUUGACCUGCCGACGACCAUGUUUCCCGACAGCAGCAACGUUGAACGUGUCGCAGGGGUUGUAAAGUUUGAAAUCCCAGACCAAAGCUCAGCAGCACAGCCAGCAGACCCACACAGGCACCUGCCUGGCGCUGUGCAUCUGUCAGAUGGCACAAUUAUCAGAGAUAUAGACCACGUCGUGAUGGCCACCGGCUACAUAACCUCGUACCCCUACCUCGGGCCACGCAUGCAGAGACCAUGGCUUAACCUGGAAGAUGCGCGCAAGACCAAUGAUCAGGAAGUGAUUGUCACGGCAGACGGGCUCAUCACCCACAACCUGCACAAGGACAUAUUCUACAUCCCCGAUCCGACCUUGGCAUUCGUUGGUGUUCCCUACCACAUCUCGACGUUUUCAUUCUUCGACAUACAGGCACAAGUCAUAUCACGAGUCUUCUCAGGGGAUGCGCAGCUACCUCCAAGGGCAGAGAUGGCAGCAGAAUUCGCGAAGCGUUGGGUUGCCGACGAUGGUGAGAAAGAGGUCGACCCUGUCUCGCUGGGCAAGACGUUUCAUAGUUUGUAUGGCCGAGAGGAUGCGUACACAGACGAGCUGGUAGCGUGGGUGAACACGCAGGUGGAAGCGGCAGGUGGUGAGCCGAUUCAAACUCUGGGUGCAGCGUGGAAAAACAGGUACAAAGAAUUGGUCGAGACGAGUUUGGCCAUGAGGAACAGAUGGCCGGUUUCAAAGAGUGCAUAG